AUGGCGGCUGCCCACUUUCCAGCGCUAACCACUGCACCCGCCCGCCCCCACGCACGGCCCGCACGGGCCCACACCCUUCUGCGCACGCGCGCCCCCCCCCCCCCGCCAGGGGAGACACAGCCCCGCGCGCGGGGUGGGGGGCGCGAGAACCAAACCCCUCCGCGCACGCGCGCCGCCGACACCGCCCAUUGGCUGGCCGCCCCGGCCCUCAGCCCCGCCCCCCGCCUCAUUCCUAGUCAAUUCAUUUUGACGACGCCGCGCAGAGGGGUCGGCGGCGAGCCCAGCCCCCCGCUCAAGGGGGUCCCCGCCCCACCCUCCACGGACGCCUCCCAUUGGCUGGCCGCCCCGUCCCUCAGUGACCGGCCGCGCCCCCUGCGCACGCGCUGUGUGAGGGCGGUCUUAUUGACGCCCCAGCGCAGAGGGGUCGACGGCGCGCCCAAGCAGAUCUGCGCGUGCGCGUCCCCGCCCCGUCCUCCACGGACGCCUCUCAUUGGCUGGCCGCUCGGCCCCGCCCCCUGCGCGCGCGCGCUAUGUGAGGGCGCUCUUAUUGACACCCCGCGCAGAAGAGUCGGCAUUGAGCCCAAGCAGAUUUACGCAUGCGCGUCCCCGCCCCACCCUCCACGGGCACCUCUCAUUGGCUGGCCGCCACGCCCCUCACAGCUCGGCCCCGCCCCCUGCGCGCGCGCGCUGUGUGAGGGUGGUGUUAUUGACGCCCCCGCGCAGAAGGGUCGGCGGCGAGCCCAAAGUUCGGCCCCGCCCCCUGCGCGCUUGCUGUGUGAGGGCGGUCUUAUUGACGCCCCCGCGCAGAGGGGUCGGCAGCGAGCCCAAGCAGAUCUGCGCGUGCGCGUCCCCGCCGCACCCUCCACGGACACCUCCCAUUGGCUGGACGCCCCGGCCCUCACUGCCCGGCCCCGCCCCCUGCGCGCGCCCUGUGGGAGGGUGGUCUUAUUGACGCCCCCGCGCAGAGAGGUCGGCGGCGAACCCAAGCCGAUCUGCGCGUGCGGGUCCCCGCCCCACCCUCCACGGACGCCUCCCAUUGGUUGGCCGCCCCGUCCCUCAACGCUCGGCCCCGCCCCUCCGCGCGCGCGCCGUGUGAGGGCGGUCUCAUUGGCGCCCCAAGCCGAUCUGCGCGUGCGGGUCCCCGCCCCACCCUCCACGGACGCCUCCCAUUGGCUGGCCGCCACGCCCCUUGGAGCUCGGCCCCGCCCCCUGCGCGCGUGCUAUGUGAGGGCGGCCUUGACGCCCCCGCGCAGACGGGUCGGCGGCGAGCCCAGGCAGAUCUGCGCAUGCGCUUCCCCGCCCCGCCCCCCCCCACGGACGCCUCCCAUUGGCUGGCCGACCCGCCCCUCAGAGCUCGGCCCCGCCCCCUGCGCGCUCGCGCGCUGCGUGAGGCGGUCUUAUUGCCCCCCCCCCCAGCAGAGAGGUCGGCGGCGAGCCCAAGCCGAUCUGCGCAUGCGCGUCCCCGCCCCGCCAUCCACGGACACCUCCCAUUGGCUGGCCGCCCCGCCCCUCAGUGCCCGGACCCGCCCCCUGCGCGCGCGCCCUGCAGUUCGGCCCGGGCCCUCCGCGCGGGCGCUGUGUGAGGGCGGUCUUAUUGGCGCCCCCAAACCGAUCUGCGCGUGCGGGUCCCCGCCCCACCCUCCACGGACGCCUCCCAAUGGCUGGCCGUCCUGUCCCUCAGAGUUCGGCCCCGCCCCCCUGCGCGCGCGCUGUGUGAGGGCGAGCUUAUUGACGCCCCCGCGCAGAGAGGUCGGCGGCGAGCCCAAGCCGAUCUGCGCGUGCGGGUCCCCGCCCCACCCUCCACGGACGCCUCCCAUUGGCUGGCCGUCCUGUCCCUCAGAGUUCGGCCCCGCCCCCCUGCGCGCGCGCGGGCGCGCGCUGCGUUUGGGCGGUCUUAUUGACGCCCCCGCGCGGAGAGAGAUCGGCCCCGCCCCCUGCGUGCCCACGCUGUGUGAGGGCGGCCUUGACGCCCCGCGCAGAGGGAUGGGCGGGGAACCCAGGCAGAUCUGCGCAUGCGCGUCCCCGCCCUACCCUCCACGAACGCCUCCCAUUGGCUGGCCGCCCCGCCCCUCAGCGGUCGGCCCCGCCCCCCCGCGCGAGCCCUGUGUGAGGGCGGUGUAG